AUGUCGAAUCAACAACACGAUCUUGAGCAUCUCUCUCAGAAAAUCAGCGACCUCAACUUGCGGCUGGACCAGAAUGAGGUUAUUCCCGACUCUCCCUCGAUCCAUUCCCCGACUUAUUCCUCGAUCGAGAGGGAUCGCCCUCACCUUGAUUCUGAAACCCCUCAUCUCGACCGCAUUGCUGAGAAUAGACCACCCCUUGGCUCGGACGUCACUAUUCGUCAAUUGCAGCACUUAGUCGAGAGAUUAGAGCUAUUGAUAGAACGGAUUCUAGCUCAGCCCGAUUCUUUAGAGCGCCAGAAUAUCGAUCUAUUACACCCGGGGCGCAGAUCUCCAUCUCGAGGCGGUCGACGUUCUAGUCGGCGUUCCAACAACCGACGUGCUCGGACUUCCCCUGGGAAUGGACCCUCUCUUGAUCCUACGCAUGCUCUCGGUCCUGAAUAUCAAACUGAACCACUCCGCAUCAGCAAACCCGCCUUAGCUUCUAUUAGACCAGUAGUAGUCAGGCUGCCUGAUCCACCUAAGCUGUCAGAUGGUAAGGACCCGACAUUCGAGACCUGGCUUCUUGAGAUGGAGGGAAAGCUGCGUCUUGGUGGCUUCCCGGAUGAAGAGUCCAAAAUGCUAUACUUGUUUAGUCGAACAAGAGGCAUAGCUAGGGAGCAGCUCCUCACUCGACUACCAAAUCGAGCCCAGCCUUAG